AUGGUGGCCGACCGGCGGCGUCUCUGCACGUCAACACAUGCGGGGGAGCGCGGCGGCCUCGGCGGUGUAUCUGGGGAGCGACGGCGUGGCCUCCCGGGGCGAAAAGAACUCGGCGGCGGGACUUGGUCCGCCGUCAUCGCGUGUGCGAGCGGCGUCAGUGGGUACGCCGGCAGCGGUUUCGGUAGCGGGUCCGUCGACUCCGGCACCGAGACGCUGCGCGGCCCGCAGAGUGAGCGCGCCCUAGAUGACGCCAGGAAAAUCAAGGUUGAUGCAUCGUUUGGCGGCAUCAGCAUCGACAUCGGCAUUGGCGUUCGCAUUAAUGCGCUCGACAGCGGAGCUAGCACGCUCUCGACGCUACCACCGCCGCCCCAUCGGCUCCCGUUCGCGACGGCGGACACGACCCGCUGGCAGUACCCCACCGAAAAGUACUACGAGCACUACCAGCUCCGGGCCAACUUCGCCGUCGCCAUGAGGGCCGGGGAGUUCUCGCUGAUUUCCGUGGGAUUUUGUAUGAUUACAUGA